AUGAAGAGGAGCGGUGAUGUGGUGGACCUCUUGUCAGAUGAUGACAGCGACGACAGCGAGAACGAGAAAGAAAACGAGUUGGAAAACGUGGAAGCAUCAUGGAAAGUCUCGAAUUCCGGGGGAGGAAAGCGUAAACUGGAGUCUGGGAAAAAGGAGGAGUCAGAGCUAAAAUCUUCUCCAGAGGAAAAGAAAAAGAAGAAAUUCUUUCCUGCUGAUCAUCCAGGUGCUACUACUAGCACUACUACAACUACAACAGCACCCAGCGACAAAGCCACCAAUCCAACAGUGUCAAGCGACGACGACGAAGUGCAAGUGCUCACUCCGACGAAUACCAAAAAGACGUACGCGGCCGUGACGAAACCUCCAGCUACGAUUUGGUUGACAGAUGACCCGGCCAUUAUCACGUACGGAAUUCUUCCUCCCUUGAUCAAGCUACAGCAACAAACCAGUCGCAGCGGCAGUCCUAGUAGUAGUCGAAAAUUUCUCCUGACCAACUCGACACUGCUGCAGCAUAUUCAACAAACCGACAAGUGGUCCUGUGGAUUCCGAAACACCCAAAUGCUACUCUCGGCUCUGGUACCGUUGCUUCCACCGUCGCAUCCAUUCUUUACUGCCGUGGCGCAUAUUUAUGGGCAAGUCCCCGAUCAUGUCUACACUUCCAACAUUGCUACAGAUACCGAUUUGCUCGUAUUACCGUCGUUGGAUCAAUUGCAAAAGGAAUACGAACGGUCGUGGCAAGAGGGAUUUGACCCCGAUGGUGCCAAACAUUUCAAUCAUACGCUGGUAGGACGCCAGAGUUGGAUUGGAGCCGUCGAAGUGGGAUUCCUAUUUGCCUUUUGGAGACUCGAUGCCACGGUCGUCCAAUUCAUUCGCUGUUUGCCGUCACGACGAUUGCUUCCCGCGUUUUUGUUUUCGUACUUUCAAACAGCACCACCCUCUUUUAACCAUAAAACCGCGGCUACCGUUCGAACCUGUCUCGAUUGGGCCGAGCAGAAUUAUGAUACGGCCAAAGACAAGACAGCCGCGGAAAUAUUUGGAACGGCCGCCACCAAAACAUUUGAGACGACCAUUUUGCCACUCUACUUGCAAUGGGAAGGACAUUCCGUCACGGUCGUGGGUAUUGAACCUCCUCCGGGAAAUGCCGCCACGCAUCGUCUGAACGAUUGGAAUCAAUGGAAUUUACUCAUUCUCUGUCCCAGUGGUGCAUCCAAAUCGAAAUCCAAACAACAAAGGGAAGUCUUGUCGUGUCGCACACUGGGGCGUAUGGAUUGUCAACUACUCGUCGCGGGAUGGAAUCCCUUGACCCAAGAGGAACAAUUGGCCCGCAAGCACAAGUCAGCGUCCAUUUCGGCGGCCAAGGAUGUCAUUGACAAGUUGUUGUAG